CUGAAGUCAAAUAACAACCUCAAACUCUAAUCUUCACACAAUAUCGCGAUUCAACUCUUACAAAUGCACAACAAUCUUCCUACUCUUGCCUUCUUCGGGGCUACAGGGGGUUGCGUUAUCGCUUGCCUCAAGUUAGCACUUGAAAAUGGAUAUCAUUGCAAUGCUUUGGCCCGCAACCCCAACAAACUCAAAGACCUUCUCACUGAACGCGGUGUAUAUGACUCUGCUAUCGCGAAUAACCUUAGUAUCACUGAAGGCAGUGUCACAGAAAUAGAUCUCGUCCGCCAGGCUCUGUUAUACAACGAUGUUCCUGUCGAUAUCAUAAUUUGUGGCAUUGGCGGGAAGCUCAUCUUUGAAAGCGCUCUGAAGCCCACUUUGGAUAAUCCCACUGUGUGCCAGGAUGCUAUGAGGAACAUCCUCCAAGCUGCCCGCUCAUUAAAGCGAGAUGAAAAUAGCAAAGACAAUGAAAAGCCUCUUCUGGCUGUUCUCAGCACAACUGGAAUCAGUCAGAAACGCGACUUGCCGAUUCUCAUGAUGCCCAUGUAUAAGUGGAUGCUGAAGGUGCCGCACGAGGACAAGAAAGUAAUGGAGGAUCUCAUUCUCGAGGACAUGGCUAUGGAGAAAUCUCAGCGAGGAAUAGGAGACUAUAUUAUUGUUCGACCGAGUUUCUUGACUGAUGGCGAUGGCGAUGGAUUGGGAAAGAUCAAGGUCGGGCCAGAAGAGAAGCCGAGAGUCGGAUACGUUAUCGCAAGGAACGAUGUCGGCGCCUGGUUGUUUGAGAAUUCUGUACGAAGGGGAUGGAGGGAAGAUAAUCCAUAUCGGGGAAAGGUUGUGACUAUUACGACGUGAAGAACAUUUGUCUUAUGUGCUGGUUUGUAUUUAUUUGAAA